GCGUUUUCUAACUGGAAAGCUGUGAAUAGAGUGAGACCUCUGACUCUGCUAGGAUCUAAAUCCUCACAGGAAUCUCCUCUGCAGCUCCCAAACACUGGGUGAAAGGUCUGCUGAUAACAAGCAGGAACUUUGCAGGGCAGGAAUGAGAGCCUCACCGCUGAGCUCAACAUGAGAGAGUGGUGGAUCCAUGUGGGUCUGAUCUGCGUCCCGCUGGUGGCCGUCUAUCUGCACAUCCCGCCUCCUCAGCUCUCCGAAGCCCUGCAGAAGUGGCACAGCUCUGGGGAUUUCUUUCACUUUAGAGAGAAGAGGAUCUUUUACAGAGACUCCUAUGGUGCUUUGGGAAGCUCAGAUGUGGUCCUUCUCCUCCAUGGUUUCCCCACCUCCAGCUAUGACUGGAACAAGAUCUGGGAUCCACUCACACAGCGCUUCCAUCGAGUCAUUGCACUGGACUUUCUUGGAUUUGGCUUCAGUGACAAACCAAGACCCCACAGAUACUCCAUCUUUGAACAGGCCAGUAUAGUUGAAGCCCUGGUGAACCAUUUGGGUCUGAGCAAUCAGCGUCUCAAUCUGAUAUCCCACGACUAUGGAGAUACUGUGGCUCUGGAGCUGCUGUACAGGAGUGACCAAAAUCGCAGCGGCCAUCUGAUCUUCAACAGUCUCUGUCUUUCAAAUGGAGGGUUAUUUCCAGAAACUCAUCACCCACGAUUGCUGCAGACGCUGUUGAAGGACUCAAGUAUUCUGGGGACGGUUCUGACACGCCUCAUUAACUCCAUGAUCUUCCAGAAGGGCAUUGGAGAAGUGUUCGGUCCCUACACUCAGCCCACAGAUGCAGAGUUCUGGGACAUGUGGACAAGUUUACGCUACAAUGAUGGCAACUUGGUUUUAGACAGUAUUCUCCAGUACCUCAAUCAGAGAUUUCAGCACAGAGAUCGAUGGGUGGGAGCGCUAACGUCUACACAUGCCCCAUUGCACAUGAUUUACGGACCUCUGGACCCUGUCAACCCCCAUCCACAGUUCAUCCGUCUUUAUGUGCAUCUGGUGAAGAAGUCGACCAUCACAAUUCUGGACGACCACAUCAGUCACUACCCUCAGCUGGAGGACCCCACCGGCUUCCUAAAAGCUUAUUUUAAUUUCAUCCACUCUUUCUGAACAGAUCUGACACAGGCACCUUGUGUGAGUAAUCAAAACCAGAUCAAAAUGAUUUUCAACCCUCAAUGAGGAAUGUUAGGAGCUAAAGUGAAGUCUGAGGAAAACAAAUGCACAUUUAUAGAAACCUGAGAUGAUCAACUACUGUAAUAUUGAGCAUAUCUGUUGAAUCCAACAUUCUGAAUUACUUUUGAUAUCAUUUUCUACAUCAUGCUAAAUGUUAACUAUCUUUAAAUAAAAGUAAUUUUGUUAAAAAAAAAAA